AUGGCGGCCCGCGCAGAUCUCGAGUCCCACAGGGAGAAACAACCCGAAGACCUCGUCAACGAGGUCCCCGAGUCAUCAUCCUCGGACUCGGAAGACGAACUCAAGCCCCAUCCCCCGUUGUACUGGAAGAUCAUUGCCGUCAUUUUGAUCUCCUGCAUCAGCUUCGGUUCGUCAUGGAGUUCGGGCAUCACCGGCGCCUUGAAGUCAACGCUCAAGAAGGAGCUCCACAUUAACAACAAGCAAUUCUCGCUGCUUGAGGCCAGUGAAGAUUUCAUGGUUACCCUGCUCAUUCUCACGAGUGGUAUCGUGACGGAUAGGAUCGGUGGUGCUGGUGCCAUGUUGUACGGUAACAUCAUUUACUCCAUUGGUUCCAUCAUCGUUGCCGCCGCAGCUCAGACGCGGGACUUCAAGCUCAUGAUUGGCGGCCGAGUUAUCCUUGCCCUCGGUGACAUCGCAACCCAGGUCGCCCAGUACAAGGUCUUCAGCUCCUGGUUCUCGCCCAACAAUGGUUUCGCGUCCACUCUCGGUCUUGAACUCGGCAUUAAGAAAAUCGGCGGUUUCGUCGGCAAGUCCUCAGCCAACAUCAUUGCAAAGAACACUGGCAACUUUGCAUGGGUUUUCUGGAUCGCCGUCUUCAUGAAUGUCUUCACCAACAUCCUCACCAUCGUAUUUUACCGCUUCAACACCAUCGCUCACAAGAAGUUCGGUAAUGUCACGGACCCGGCUACAGGUGAAAAGCUCACGGAGAAGUCCAAGAAGUUCCAAGUCAAGAAAGUGUUGGAGCUGCCGUGGGUUUUCUGGGCAAUUUUGUCGUUCUCCCUGUUCCAGACCAGCACUGCCGUCGUCUUCUCACAGAACGCUACGGAAUUGGCCGAGAAGAGAUUCAAGACGGACUCCAUCACUGCUGGUUGGUAUUCCGCAACCCUGCAGUACGCUGGUUUUUUCUUGGUGCCCUGCAUUGGCGCCUUCAUUGAUCUCUUGGGUAACCGCAUAACCUUGUUGGCCAUCUGCGGUACCGGAGUCUUCUUGGCUAUGGCACUUGUCAACUGGGCCACUGAUACCAAGGGAACUGCUGCCGCCUUUGGCAUCUACGCGGUCGCAUUCACUCUGGGCCCUACCACCAUCAUCGACAGUAUCCGUACUUCAAUGUGGCACGGCUCUGUCUUUGGCUCCGCUUACGCCGUCAAGAUUGCCACGAACAACGCAAUGAACAUCAUCGUCCGUGUCAUCACCGGAGCCAUUCAGGAUGCCGACCACGACAGCUACGACCACGUCGUCAUCGUUUAUGUCGUUCUCGCUGCUGCUUCCGUCCUUGUUUCGAUCAUGUUGGGCGUGCUGUCGUGGCGGUCCAUCGAUCUGGGCAACCUUCAGUGGACACGAAAGCAACGCAGGGCAAACGGCGAGUUGUGGAAUGAGCGAAAGAGAGCGUUUUACGAGGACAACGGCCCGCGCAACAAGCUGAUUUCCAAGAUUUGCUUCGGCUCUUUGGUUUUACUGAUUCUUGGAGCUUGGUCGGCGUACUUCUGGGGUGUUGCAACUGGCAACAACUCCUAA